GUGUUACUCAAAGGUUCUAACACUACAAGUUCCAAGAAGCCUCGCGAAGCCCUGAUCCUCCAUCACCCACCGUGCCUCGCGCGGCGCAGGCGCCGUUACUCUGGCUGCGUCUUGGGAGCUGGAACUACACCUCCCAGGAAGCGCUCCGGGAUGUUGUUGGUUUGUUUCCGGAAACGGGGCCUCAGAAAGGUGGGACUUAGACCUGGGAGCCGAUGGCGGCAGCUGUCAAUUGGUCAGGGACGAGAUCGACGGUCGCACCGACAAAUGGAAAUAAGAAAUUGCCAAAGGGGCCCGCCCACAGAAGGGAAACUAGUGGAGGUGGCGGCUGCGGUGGCGGUCGCCGCCGGACACUUCCUCAGCGCGGAGGACUGGGCGCACACAAAGCUUACCUUGACCUCUUCCCGUCUGCCUUCAGCUUUGAUUUGUGACCCUGGGCUCUUCUGGGCUCCUCUGACCCAGUUAGCCACACUUCAGACCCAAACCAUGUUCCCGGUGAAGGUGAAAGUGGAGAAAUCAGAGUUGGAGAUGGCCAAGGCCCGGAACCAACUCGAUGCUGUUUUGCAGUGUCUGCUGGAGAAGAGUCACAUGGACAGGGAGCGUCUGGAGGAGGAAGCUGGGAAAACCCCCUCAGACACCCACAACAAGGAUUGUUCCAUUGCAGCCACUGGCAAACGGCCAUCCGCCCGCUUCCCCCACCAGCGGAGGAAGAAGAGGAGGGAGAUGGAUGACGGGCUGGCUGAGGGAGGGCCACAGCGAUCCAACACGUAUGUGAUCAAGCUGUUUGACCGGAGUGUGGACUUGGCUCAGUUCAGUGAGAACACACCGCUCUACCCAAUCUGCCGAGCCUGGAUGCGCAACAGCCCCUCAGUGCGCGAGCGUGAACGCUCACCCAGCUCACCACUGCCCCCGCUGCCUGAGGAUGAGGAGAGUUCAGAGGUCACCAAUAGCAAGAGUCGUGACGUGUACAAGCUGCCUCCACCCACAGCCCCUGGGCCACCUGGAGAUGCUUGCAGAUCCCGAAUUCCAUCCCCCCUGCAGCCUGAGAUCCAGGGUACCCCUGAUGAUGAGCCCUCCGAGCCUGAGCCCUCACCAUCCACGCUCAUCUACCGCAACAUGCAGCGCUGGAAACGCAUCCGCCAGAGGUGGAAGGAGGCAUCUCAUCGGAACCAGCUUCGGUACUCAGAAAGCAUGAAGAUCCUACGGGAGAUGUAUGAGCGACAGUGAUGUUCCCCUGCCCACCACAUCCCCCCAAUAAACAUUCCCCUCCUUCCCACCUCCA